AUGGGAACAUUGGGAAGAGCAAUUUACACCGUUGGAUUCUGGAUCAGGGAAACAGGUCAAGCCAUGGAUCGCCUCGGCUCUCGCCUCCAGGGGAACUACCUUUUCCAAGAACAACUUUCGAGGCAUAGAACCCUCAUGAACUUGUUUGACAAAGUUCCUGUCGUUGAUAAGGGUGCAUUUGUGGCACCAAGUGCUUCGCUAAUUGGUGAUGUUCAUGUUGGUUCUAAUUCCUCUAUUUGGUAUGGAUGUGUUCUCAGAGGUGAUGCUAACAGCAUCAGUAUUGGGACUGGGACGAACAUACAAGAUAAUUCCCUUGUUCACGUUGCUAAAUCCAAUCUUAGUGGGAAGGUCUUGCCAACUACUAUUGGCAACAACGUCACUGUAGGUCAUAGUGCUGUCUUACAUGGAUGCACUGUUGAGGACGAGACAUUUGUCGGGAUGGGCGCAACAUUGCUUGACGGGGUGGUUCUAGAGAAACAAGCUAUGGUUGCAGCUGGUGCUCUUGUGAGGCAGAAUACAAGAAUACCUUCUGGAGAGGUGUGGGGAGGAAAUCCAGCAAAAUUCCUGAGGAAGCUCACAGAAGAAGAAAUUGCCUUCAUUUCCCAGUCAGCAAUCAAUUAUUCCAACUUAGCGCAGGCUCAUGCAGCUGAAAAUGCUAAGAGCUUGGAUGUUGUUGAGUUUGAAAAGGUUCUACGCAAGAAAUUUGCUAAGCGUGAUGAAGAAUACGAUUCAAUACUGGGCGUUGUUCGUGAAACACCUCCAGAACUUGCUGUUCCUGAUAAUGUUAAAGCUCCCAAGGCGGCUUAA